AGUUGAACUUUUUGAAUUAAAUUACGGGAAGAAAAUUGCUUUUCCACAAUAUUCUAAUUUUCUGAGAAGCACCUGUAUACAGAAUCAAUUCCAAAAGUUCUAGAGGCUGAUUGCCAUAGUUGCUUUGUCGCUUCAUACCUUUGCCUUUAAGCCUCUUAUCUCUGGACCUUAACCUGCAACAUGAACCCUUCACCCUGAAAUCUGAAACCUGUACCUCCCUGCCUGUCUGCCUUCAAACGAAUGUACCUUAAUCUGGUCAAUCAAUUUCUGAAUCUGCAUUUGGGUCCUGUCCUCAUUGCCUGUAUUCACAACUUUGACAUAAUGCAAAAACAAAAAGUGUCUAAAAUGUGAAUAUAAAUUCCUCAAACCACUCCUAAUCCACUUGUCCCCGGUCAGUCCACAUGCUCAGUAUGCUCACUGCACUGUCAUGGACUUAGUAACCAAACCAAGAAGUUACAGUUUAGCUAGUCACACAUUCAUACAUUCUUUGGAGGACAACAACAUUUUGUCUCGACAGAUCAGAUACAAUAUUUAACAGGAUCAGGACACAGUGAAGCAAAAAGGGAACCCAACCAAUAUAAAUCACUGACAUUCAGCAUCAGAUCAACCAUUGGUUUUACUGCAGUUUCAGGUGAGAUGUCCUCCCAAGUCAGACUGAGGCUGCUGCCGAGCGCCAGGUGUUUGUUUGACGAGCCCGUUCAGGUAAAGGUGGCCGGGCUGAGGUCGAGACAGGUGGUCUCCAUGAAAGCCAGAUCAACUGACGAGAAAGGAGUGGUGUUCAGCUCCUCAGCCACCUACAGGGCUGAUGGGAGCGGGGAGAUUGACCUGAAGAGAGACCCCUCGCUCAGUGGCAGCUACGUCGGGGUUGAACCCAUGGGUCUGCUGUGGUCGAUGAGGCCUGACACCUUGCACAGAAAGUUUAAAAAAACAAAUGCACUAAACCCCCACGUGGUGAAGUUCUCUGUGCACGAGGAGGAAGGGGAGGAAAGGAUGCUGGCAGAGGCGAACAACGAGAGGCUUCUGAUUGGAGACGGGGUCAGCUGGCUCCCUGUCAAAGAGGGGAAUAUCCGCGGAGUCCUGUUUACUCCCCCAGGAGAAGGUCAGUUUCCCGCUGUGUUGGAUCUGAGCAGCUUUAAGUCUGAGAAAAGAGCCUCUCUGCUGGCAAACAAAGGGUUUAUGGUUCUGAAUGUAGCAGUGUUCUCUGAUAAGCCUGAUAACGUGAAAGAGCUCCAUCUGGACCACUUUAAAGAAGCAGUGGAUUUCUUACUACAACAUCCUAAGGUGGGCAGUAAAGGAGUUGGUGUAAUAUCACGAUCUAAGGGGGCAGAUAUUGCGCUUUCACUUGCUGCUUAUGUAACAGGUGUUGUGGCCACAGUGUGGAUCAGUGGCUGCAGCGCCAAUGUGGCUGUUCCUCUUUACUACAGAAAACGCCAAAUCCUCUCACCAGUAGUGUUUGACUUCAGCAAGUUGAUUCCUGUUGAGUCAGGGGCCUUCAUUAUCAAGGAUGGUGUUACAAAUCCCCUGGCAGAGGAAAACAAGGGAAGCCUGAUCCCCAUUGAACAAGCCAAGGGACGUUUCCUGUUUGUGGCUUCAGAGGACGACCUCAACUGGGACAGUAAAGGUUACAUGGAGGAGAUGGUGGAGAGACUGAAGCGUCAUGGGAAGGACAACUUCGAGAGUGUGUGUUACCCAAGAGCUGGACACCUACUGGAGCCGCCUUAUGGGCCCUACUGCCCCUCUAGUGUUCAUGGGUUUGUACUCAAGCCAGUCAUGUGGGGGGGUGAGCCCAGCUCCCACGCAGCAGCUGAAGUCCACCUGUGGAAGAAGAUCCAGGAGUUCUUCAGAACCCACCUGAGCUGUGAUGCCACGCAGACUAAAGCCAAGUUAUAGAUGCAAAUAGGUUAACAUAAAAGAACAAGUAAGAAAAUCAUGAAAUCAAGGCUGGCAGUUAACCUGAUAUAAUUGUUUAUGAAGCUGAAUGUUUUGUAAUUAAGUGAACAAUUUAAUAAUUUGAUUGUUCGUGGAAUAUAUCAAGUUGAAAUGUUAUGACCGAUUACAACCUGUUUCAGGCUUACUAGACUGAACAAAACUAUAAACGCAACUCUUGUUUUUGCCCUCAUUCAUCAUGAGCUGAACUUAAAGAUCUAAGACUUUCUCUGUGUACACAAAAGGCCUAUUUCUCUCAAAUAUUGUUCGGCAGGGUAGGAGAAUAUUGCGUGCUUUGAGUUAAAUUAUGGGGAAGUUUCGCUUACAUGUUGUUUCUGUGUUGAGGAAGUGUAUCACUUCAGUCUACACAGAUAUAUAGAGUUGUGUCUGGCACAAAACAGUUGAGGAACCAAAAAAGAGUCAAAAGGCCUAUGUAAUAUAAACUGGGUCCGAGUUAGGCCCGGCAGGAGUCAGGAUAUUAGAGAAAUGUAUGUGCAUGUCAAUAUUGCUAAAAAUAGUCUAUAGGGGUGUGUUAACAAAGUGUAUACAGAUGUUAAAAUC